AUGAGGUUAAUAUGUUUCUGGUGUUUUCUGAUGGCUGCGGUUGUGAGAGCACAAAACGAUCCAUACUACGCACCACAGACUUUUAAGGGUCCAAAUUUCCCACAGCGUGAGUUGUUUUCUCCGGCAAGAAAUGAUGUUUCGUCACAGAGUACCACAGUCACGGAGCCGUGGAGACAUCCUGCGCCUGUCAAUGAGGGUUGGAGAGAUCACAACUCCGGCCCUGGUAAUAUAAUACCCAAGUCCGAGCCAUGGCGACAGCCGUACGGACUGAGCAAGCAGCAGCAGGCAUCUAUUUUACACCACAAGCAGUCACUUACUUCAGAUGGAGCUUUCCGUUUUGAGUACGCGUCCGACAAUGGCUUGGCAGCAGGAGAGCAGAUAGAGCCUGAUGGCAGCAGGGUGGGAGCGUACCAAUACAAAGACCCAAAUGGACAGAUCGUCAAACUGAAGUAUAGAGCCGGCAAAGAUGGGUUCCAGAUAUUGGAAGGCAGUCACUUACCGAAGAGUCCAGAACCUGUGGCCCCAGUGAAACCAGACGAUUACCACAAUGUUCAAGCGUACAACCAACAGAGGCACCAGUACGAGCUUCAGCAACAGUAUAACCAACAAAGGCCAGCUGGCCAGGUGCAGACCUGGGGACAUAAUCAGGAUUCCGAGGACAACCAAAGGCCAGCUGGUAAUCAGUACUUCAUCAAUAACUGGAGACCGCAGCCGGGUCAAAAUGAUGGACAGUAUCGUGACAAUGAAGUGGAUCCGAACAAACCUCACAACUUUGGAGAGGGCUACGCUUUCGCCUUCAAAGGAUAA